CUCUCUCAACCAUCAUGGCAUCUUCUUCGCCAUCCAGCCCUUUGUGGCUACGGGGAACUCACCCCCAUACAUCCGAAUUUCCAUUUACCUUUUCUAUCAUGCAUCAAUUUCUUCUUGUUUUGGACAGCCCCAAAGGUGGGGUCGCAUCUUAGAGUCAUAGUUUGUUCGCGACAGCAGUUGAAUUGCUGCUAUUACGAUCCUACCCCAGUUAUUUCCAUAAACCUGAGCAUCGAAUCCUGAAAUUUCUGAACCUCCUAAGAAAUCUUACUGCAAAAUAUAAACAAAACCCCCUGAUAAUAGACUCUACAGACACCAUGUCGUUCGGCCAUCUCGCAACAGAGCUUUUGCUCCAUAUUUUUUGCUCAAGUGAAACUAUAUCUGAUGUUAUGAGCUUGGCCUCCACUUGCCGACGAUUCCGCGAGGUCUUCAAUCGGUCCAACAAACUACAGCUACUAAUAGAUGUAGCGGAACGGGAAUUUGGUCCCCUUGGCGAUGUUAUUCAAAUCGUCACACAGAACUCCAACCAGCCCGCCCAUCUUUUCCGCACAGCGCCCAUCACAGUCUCUCUCCUAAAGCAGGUUGUGGAGAUCGGACGGGUUGCUCAGAAAUGGGAGACUAUCUACCCCGUCAAAAAAUGGAAGCUGGACUUUGAGAACAGGCGCUCUCUCGGCGAUGAGGAACGAUUCCGUCUCCGCCGUGCCAUAUAUCGUCUCUGGCUCUACCACCGUGCGUUUCAUACCCGUGACUAUGACCGGUUCUCGCGCAAUCUGAGAAACAUUGUCGUCGAACGUGCACAACUCCUUCAUAACUGGUCCACCACUGAAUUGGCCGAAGUUGAAGAUGUGCGUUUACUCGUUUCAGACAUUGUCCAGAACCAUAUUUGCCCGAGUAAUGGGACCAUCCAAAGGAAGUUCCGCAAACGGUACCCGGAGAGCAAUCACCAACUGACAUUCAAUAUCCAUCUAAACUACCCACUGAAUAAUAACACCAAUCUGCCCCGCCUUUUUGACGGUAGCCCUAAUCCGAACGAGCAACACUUCCAUGCCACCCAUUCCUCGGCCUUCACAAACUCAUCCGCGAAAUACAGAUCCCGCUUUCGCAACGACUUGUUCCACGACCCGGGCUUUGAAGGGUGGGGAGAUGAAAUCCCCCACUACUACAUUGUGCAGGACAUGAUGAAGUUAGAUCCGGGUCAGGUCAUGUGGUUACGGGAACAUUGUCCGCUCAAGGAGCAAGUAGAGGCGUUUGUGCUAUCACUUGGGGAGUGGUUCCGUGACAACGGCGAAACAUUCGGGGAUACGUUGGAAUGGGUGAUUAGUGAACGAGGAGACGAUAUUGGGGAAUUCAGAUCUGCGAUAGCUAAUCGGGGACUUGGUGUCGUGUGGGAUUAGUGUCGUGCCGUGUCUCUCUACUAGUAAGGUUAAGCAAGAAGCAUGUUGGAUCUUGGAUCCAUGAUGCAAUUUAUGUGUGCCUAUUCUAAUAUGCAUAACGUCAUCACACAAUCUCCUGACCAUAUGUUCGAUAGUGGAAACAAACCAACAAAUAAACAAAACAGAAGAAGCAUUUGUAUGGAAUACUAUAUUCACUUCGAAGAAUGAGCACCAGGAGGAGCACAUAGGUAUCAAAAGAAGGGUAUCCAUUAUUCCCAGCCAUCUAAUAUUUCUCUUCUAUAUUACAUGAU